CGCAUCGCUACUCCCCUCAGCUCUCCUCUGAGCCGGUCGCCAAGCUUUGCCUUUCCUUGCCCCCGUCAUCAUCGCCCCCUCUUCCCCCUCCAUCGCUAGCCUUUUCGCUUCCAAAGCUUCCAUCAUCGAAAUGGACCAUCUUUUCCUGCUCCUGCUACUGGCUCUCCUCCUCGCUUCCGCUCACGCCGCCUUCCAUGCCGACGCCGCCGCCUUCACUGAGGUCAGUGUGGAGGAAAGGAGCAUUGCAGGGAUCAGAGGCAUGAUAGGGUCGAGGCCGCCGAGCUGCGCGGGGAGGUGCAGGUCGUGUGGGCACUGCGAGGCGGUGCAGGUGCCCAUAUCCCCUGAGGAGCUGCGCAAGAAGAAGGGCCAAGGAGGCGACCGGAAGAGGAAGGAGCAGGAGGAGCUUGGGCGCCAUGGCAGCCAAGCAGCUGUUGUAGGUGCAGGAAGAACAAUGCCUUCGUCCUACGACGACCACUCCAACUACAAGCCACUGAGCUGGAGAUGCAAGUGUGGGCGCUUGAUAUUGAGCCCAUGAAAAUGCGCCCGUUCAAAUGACGGGCUUGUAGAUAUAAUACUAGCUACUAUUAAGUCCUAUAGGGAUGUUUUAGGGGCUUCUCGGUGAAUUAUUCCUUAACUCUUAUAUAUGACGAGUGAUCGGUACGAUCCUUUUGUUUGGAUGAUAUCUGGCGAUGAAAGCUUCACGAACUUGCCUUCUUUGUUGUAACGACUGCACAUUUUCCCCGUGUCUUGUUCUUGAUAUAUGUAUUCAAGAUUUGGAGGGCUAA